AAAAAAUUUGCCAUUUUCUUUUCCUUCUUUCGCGAUCUUCUCUCUACUCUCUCGACGGAAUCCCUAAAACUCAUAGUGAUUCACCUCAGCAGAAUCCAAUUCAGCAGUUCCAGGUUGAUGUUAAAGGCCAAGGCUUUAUGUUAUCUUUAGUGAAAUCCAGAAAAGCUAUUUCUUGUGCUCUUCCCUCUGAACCAUCUCCCUCCACUUCAGUAGCCGCCGUCUCCGCCGUUUCUGGUGACCACCGGUCUCGAUGUUUGUCUUUGAUAGUCAAACUUGGUGGGAGAGGUCUUGUAGACUCUGCUCGGGAAGUGAUUAGCCGUGUUAUCGAUGGUUCUUCUUCUAUUUCAGAGGCGGCUUUAGUUGUUGAUUUCGCGGGCAACAAUGGAAUAGAACUCGAUUCGUGUUGCUGCGGCGCAUUGAUAAGGAAGCUGACGGAGAUGGGUCAGCCUGGAUUGGCUGAAACUUUCUACAACGAACGUGUGAUUGGAAAUGAAGAAGAAUUGCUGAAGCUUUUGCUAGUCCUCACAGGAGGAAGUUGUGAGUACUGGUACUCAAGGAGGUGGCCAAGAGACUACGGCAGGAAUAAUAUUAUCUGGCUUUUUUGUCUGGAUCAUCGUAGCUAUAUGAAACACGAUUGUCCAAAAGGAAACAGAGGAGAUGUCACUGUGGUUAUUUGUCCGUUUUGUGCUACAGCAGUUCGGUUAAACCCUGACGAAGUUCCAAACUUGGCUUGGGAGGAACAUGUUAAUUCAGUUUGUGAUCACUCAAACGACGAAAAAGCUGUUAAGAAGAAGAAGAUAUGUCCUGUUCCAAGGUGCGGAGCAGUCUUGACAUUCUCUUAUACUAUAAAAUGUCGAGACUGCGACAUAGAUCAUUGCUUGAAACAUCGGUUUGGAUCUGAACAUAGUUGUUCAAUCGGUUACCAGAAUCCUCUGGUUUCAUUCAAUCGGUUACUACAUCCUCGGAUCUUCAAGUUGGUAUGAAGUUGAAACGUGAACUGGAAGAUGAAGAUGAUGAUGUUGAAUGAGAAGAAUAAGCUCCUGUUUCAGAUAGAUCAUUUUUGAGUUUACUUUUACUUCAUUUCCAAUUAAGCUUACACAUUUGUUAGUUAGUUAAAUUUACAAUUCAGCUUACACUUCGAACAUGCUUUACAACUCUUUCAAUCUCCUUCAUUUCCAAACUUCUCUGAUUGGAUAAUCUUGUGAUUGGAGGAUAACAUUUUGGGUAAAGAACCAAAAAAAAACAUUUUGGUUGUUAUGUUAAAAAAUUAUUAUUUGAGAGA